AUGGGACCAAGGGACACCAUAGGCAAUUAUGUAAAGGUACAGCACGACGAUAAGCCCCUAUGCGUUAUUCGAGGCGAACGAGUGUGUUCUUCAUUGGGAUUGUCUCCGGAGGAAAGGAGCAGAUUUGCAGCUUGGGUGUUCGUAUCUGGGAGUUCAUCAUUUGAAUCUUGGAUUGUGGUAGCGAGAUCAUCAUUCCACAAUUUGCGAGAACUUGUGCGCCGCUAUGUAAUGUAUAUAUUUCUUAUACGUUUUGUUUGUCAAUUUUCUAUUUGUUAACUAAUUAUGAUAAGUGAAGUGUAAACUUUAAAAAUAUUUUUAUUUUCUGUAACCUUUUAUUCUCUGAAUUACAAUAAAC